AUGGAUACAGACACUUUUACGAAUUGGUUCGAAAAUCAAUUAUUACCCAGCCUGCCAGAGCCUUCUAUCAUAAUAAUGGACAACGCUUCAUAUCACUCGAAACAAGUGAAUAAAGCGCCUACUCAGGCCGACAAGAAAGCUGAUCUCGUAGCAUGGCUACACCAAAAUGGAAUUGAAACUACUGCCGAAAUGCUAAAGUCUGACUUAGUAAAGUUGGUAUGCGAAAAUAAAACAUCAAGAGUCCGUUAUGAAGUAGAUGAGAUAGCUCUAGUACAUGGACAUCGAGUACUUCGAAUUCCGCCUUAUCACUGCCAGUACAAUACCAUUGAGCUAAUAUGGGCACAAAUCAAAGGUUACGCAGCUCGUAAUAAUACGACUCCGCCAUUCAGUACUAAUAAAAUGAUGGGUCUAUUAAAAGAUGCUUGCAGCAAAAUAACGAAAGAAGAUUGGGUCAAGGUCGUCGAAAAGACUCGAAAACUAAUAACAGAAGAUUAUGAACGCGAUAUAAGAGUGGACACCAUUAUAGAGAAUGAAAUUGUCAUACAAGUGACUGAUAGCGAUGACAGCUCUGGCGAAUCUGGUUCAGAGUCUGAAUAA